CAAAAGCAAGACCUCUUCUCUGUUAUGUCUGUCUCCUCUUUACCGGAAUGGAAACAACUCCUGCUAGAGCGAAAGAGGAGGGAGGAGGAGGAGCGAGAGAAGAGAGAAAAAGAGGAGGAGGACAAACUCGCCAGCAUGCCUGCCUGGAAGCGAGGGAUCAUCCAGAGGAGGAGAAUGAAACAGGAGAGUUUCGGGGACAAGGAGAGGGAGGGCCCCCUCCAAGUCAAGGAGGGCAGGUCCCCCUCUGAUCCUGCGAGUGACCUGGACAGCUCUACACUAGUGCAGCUGGGAAGUGAACCACCACUCAGCCCAGACAUCACGGGGCCUUGGCUGGAUGAAGAGGCUAAACCGCAGUGUCUGGUGUUAAAGGAGACCAUCAUCCCUGUCGGACAAAACUCAUUCAUUCGCACACAUGGCGGAUGGAGGAGGGGAAGAGAAGCAGAGAGGGCUGGGGAGAUGGGCCACGAGAAAGGGAAUGAGCAGGAAAUAGAAGUAGGGAGAGAGAGGCAAAAGGAGAAAGAAAGAGGCCACGUCAAAGGUCAUGAUGGAGAGUCUGGGAAGGGAAGAGAUAUAGAAAUACAAAUAGAGCGAUACAGGGACAGGAGUGGGGGCAGAGAAAGGGACAGGAGUGCCGGGAGAGAGACGAGCCGGGAUACUGUGAGAGACAGGGAAAGGGAUUGCCCGAGAGGGAGAAAAGAGGAGGAGAGGGAGGAGGGAGACUCAAAUUCUCCAACCCCCAAGUACUCCUAUCCACUAGUCCCAGGCCUUCGUACUAUCAGAGCAGACAACAUCAUCAUUAUUGAACAGGACAGAAAGGGAAGUGAUGAAAGGAGGGGUAGAAGGAGAGAGUCAGAGAGGGAGAGGGAGGUGAUGGAAGAGGAGCAGGAAAAUAGAGACGUAAAGAUGGACCUCAAGGAGUUUCUGGCUGGUGGAGGGAGUGUCACAGAGAUCCGAGCAUCAGAAAUAUUGAUCAUUAAACCCUUAGCUGGCACUGAGGACUCAAGAAGUGGAGGUCUCAAAGGGACAGGCAGGGAAGGAGAUGGAGAAAGAGGGAGAGAUGCAAAGUGCAAUAAAGAUGGAGGGAAAGACUGUGAGAGGCAGCUGGAGAGAGAGGUGGCAUGGCUGAUGAUGAAAGAUAAAGAGAGGGAAAACUUGAGGGAGAAAGACCGACCACGGACACAAGUAGCUUCUUCAGAAAAAGAGGAUAGGAGAUAUGGUGACACAGAUGACAGUAUCCACAACGAGAGAGGAGUUAGGGUGAGUGAGCUGCUGAGUAAAUUUGGGGAGCACACAAAGAAAUUCAGAGAAUAUCCAAAACCCCCAUCCCGGUCUAAAAGCUCAGAGUGUUUCAUCCGGCCUGGCAGGGGCAGAGAACCGUUUUGUCUGGAUGAUGGAGACAGGAGAGGGGAGGAGGAACAUGCAGGAUUCAGGGGUGUGCCCAAGCGGUCAUUCAGCUUCUCUGACCGUGGGAUAUGCACAAAGGAGAAUGGCAUGCAGGACGAGGGGAACCAUGAUAGGAAGGUGGUGGAGAGGACAUGUUCAGACAGGAGGGUGGCAGCAAAGGGAGAUGUAGUGGAGGGGGAAUGGUCAGAGAGGGCAGGCAAGCAGGAGUGCUGGACCUGGCUUUCAGAUAAAGUGCCUGUGGGGAAGCAUAGAGAGGGAUGCAUAAAAGCAGACAGGGCGGUAGGGGGACAGCACGAGAGACGGCCUGCUGUGGAAAGUAACGCCGGAAAAGAGAUUGACCGUUGGGUCGAGAGAGUAACAGGAGUGGAGUUAGAUUUGAGCAACAAGGGGACAGAGGAACUCACAGAGAAUAUGUAUGGGGAGGUAGGGUUUACAAUGGCCUCACUUAGAAACACCGAGGCCUCGUUUGCGCGAAGAGUGUCCAUCAGACAGGAUGGUCGAGAGAGAGCAGUGGAAAGAGAGGUGGAGCAAACGAGAGAAGAAAGUGAGAGAGGGUUGGACAAGGCGAGGAGCAAAGGGAGAGAGGGGGUGGGUGGAAGAGAGGCAGAACCUCAAGUGCGGGAGAGAAGGGAGUCAGACUUUAGGCGAGGAUCAGAGGUAAGGGACAUGAAGAGGGUAUCAGAGGUAAGGGACAUGAAGAGGGUAUCAGAGGUAAGGGACUGCACAAUUUCAGUUGAAACAACUCAGCAAAACUGUGUGAUCACCCUCUCCAUAGACAGAGCCAGUCCUCCUCAGUCUGUCGAUAGUCAUUACAACCACGUGUCAGCGUUUACAGAGUGCUCAUCAAACUUGCUCAGUACUGUGGCACAUAAAGGAACAGAUUGGCAUAGUAGUCAAGGAGCACCGGGACACCAUUCAACCCAGUCACCACUGUCACAGCACACAGAGGAUCUUAUCAACAAGAUAGAGAGAGUGGGGGGGACAGUGAAUGAACGUGACAAUCACAAAGGGACCCAAACAUUGAUGCUGGAUGGCAAAGGCGUGGUGAGGGAGGACACAGAGACUGAGAGAGGGAGCAAAGCUUAUAGGGAGCCAGGUGAGGUAAGCAAGGACACUAUACUUUCACCUGGCGCACACGUGCACAGUCAUGUUUACCCCAAAAAGUCAGUUCUUGAAGUGACCCCUAAGUGUCCUAAGUCUCCAAAGUGCUUUGCCUCAGUUGGAAUCCCUCCAAUGCCACUUGAGAUACACAUACCCAGGACCGUGUUCUAUGGUGUGGGGGAGGCAAGCCUCCAAAGCGAAUACGACCGGAGCUGCGAAGGAGAGGGAGGAAAAGGUGUGGAGAGGAAGGACAGUUGCAGGAUCGGCAAGCCCUUGUCUCACAUCGAAUCCUUGCGAGAGAAAAGCCAACAGAGAGAGAAGGAGAGGCUGAGGAACAUGGAGGGAGUGGCAACGACGGGGGAUGAUGGAGAUGCGACUGAGGGGACAGAAAAGGCUGGGACUAGAAGGACUAGAAAAGCUUCAUGUUCAGACUGGUGUGAGGAAGGAGAGAUGGGGAACGAAAUAGAGCGAGAGAGACAGAGACAGGAAGGCUCCCCACCGCAGACAACAUCCACUCAGUUUGACGUCACACAGGAAGUGAGCGUGUCGAAAGCCGUCUCCCAGCUUCCUGUUCCUCUCUCGUUCUCGCAAGCUGUCAAAGGAGAGAAAGAAACCAGAGGGAUCUCCAUUGCAGCCUGUGAAGUAGCCUUGUUCAGCUCUCACACGACUGAGAGAGGGGAAGAUCCAACCAAACAUGUACUAGCAGAGUUACGGUGCGACAGGGGUCGGCAGAGGAAACAGAACACCGGAGGCAGAGGAGAAGAAGGAGAGGAUAAACUCUCAGAGGAAGAGUACAGGCUGCAUUAUCUGCCUCCUUCACACUCUCCCGCGCCCUUAGACUCUCUCUCCCCCUCUCUGCUUCACCCUCCCUCUCUUGCUGAAAUGAGCCGGAUCUAUAACUUGAAAACGGUGGGGUCCAGGGCGGCGGUGUGCAUGAGUGACAGGACCGUGGAUAGGCCUAUCCCAUCACACACUCCUAAGGUACAGUCCGACAUAUCCGCAGAACAACAGGAGCCAUGCAGUCCAGAGAGAUCAGUUGGGAGGCUGACACAGAAGCAGCUGUGGGGUGGUGGUGGGGCUCCUGGGAAUAAAGCCUCUUCCAGCGAUGAGAAGUCCGGACUUCAGACUGUACAGCGGCAGGUGGAACAGCUUCAGUUGCGAGAACAACAGGAAGUACAGAGACUAUCACAUGACGACAACGCAGCACAGUCGUCUUUUGGACAAAAUAUUAAUUUGAAAGAUAAAGAGUCUAAAGCUCAGCAAAGCCCUAGGAUAUCACACAGCCAGCCUAAUAAGGAACCUCAGCAGAAGCAUCCGAGGCAAAUGGACCAGCAAACAAUCCUAAAUCCCAGAAAAUCUCAGUCCAAUCUGCAACUGCACUCUGAAAGGCCUCCUCAACCCAAGCAGGCCCAGUCCAACCAACCCAAACAGGCCCGAUCCAUUACCAUCAACUCCAGAUCUGUCCUGACCCCCUCUCCUGAGAACUUAUUACACCCAGACCAGGGAGUACCAACCACCCCAUCAGCUUCUCCAUCCCAAUCCACCUCCGUCUCUCCCUCCCCUUCCCCUUCUCCGACCCAUUUCACCAUCAGAAGCCUCUCUGGAGGCCAGCAGGUCAAGAGGGGCACCACCAUCACCAUCACCCCCAGGAAGCCUGUUGGAGGGGCAGCCGUGGAAGCUGUUUCUGUAUCCUCUAGACCCCUGGCCAAUACGUCUGCCCAGUCCCAGAUGCCUGUCCUAACCGAGGAAGGAGAGAGAGGCAAGAAGAGGUACCCCACUGCGGAGGAGAUCGAAGUGAUCGGCGGGUAUCAGAACCUGGACAAGUCCUGCCUGGUCAAGACUUCCAAAGCAUCUCCCAAAGGGGUGAAGGUGUGCUUCGACGAGACCCAGCUGGAGCAGGUGUGUGAGUACCCAUCAGAGACCUCCAUGUUUGACUCCACCCACUACCCCUUACUUGGUCAGGUGAAAGGGAGGGAGGAGGAGGUGGAGGAAGACGAGGAGGAGAGAGGAGUGCUUGUGUCCAGGAGCAGCAGGAAUGUGGGGGCAGCGGUUGGCCUGAGAGUGCUGAGAGUGGAUGAGUCUUGCCAUCGGUAGACAUCAGUCGGCUCGCCAAAUUGCUCAAAUGAUGUGGUUAAGAUUAGAUUUUAUCUUGCAAUAUGACUUUUGUUUUCCUGUAUUUUGUUUCUUUGAAAUUAUUCAUUUAAUGUUUGUAAUCUUUUUUGAUGUACAAUAUUUUAUUUUACAUAGGAUCAGGGACUAUUGGUUUUGAAUAAAAGAAAACAACAGUUUUAUGUAGUUUGUGAGAUGAAUGUGUAACGAUGUGCGCUGAGAGUCGGGAAGCAAAUUCAGGGAGUGAGUGUUUUAAUAAUUAAACGCAACAUAAUACAAACCACAAACAACGCAUAGACAAGGAACUGGAACAGAAACAAUGACACCUGGAAAAGGAACCAAAGGGAGUGACAUAUAUAGGGAAGGUAAUCAGGGAAGUGAUGGAGUCCAGGUGUGUCUGAUGAUGCGCAGGUGCGCGUAACGAUGGUGACACGUGUGCCCCAUAACGAGCACCUUGAUGACCAAGAAGCUGGAGAGGUAGCACACGUGACAGAAUGGUGGAUGGAGCCUCAACUCCUCUAUUUCAGUGUAAAAGUGUAAAGACAAUAUGAAAACAUGGUACAUAUUGUAGCCUAUAAUCUUUACUAUGUGCACUUGUUGUAUUUUUACUAUCAGGUGUGUACUUUUGGGUGAUGAUCACGUCUAUGCAAGUUAGUGGAUUACAAAUGUAUGGUAAAAAGGGUCCGGUCAGUUUAGUUUUAGUUAGCUUAGAUCAACAACACAACAACGUCUCUACAGUAUAUAAACUCUGCAUCAGCACUGUAACGAUUCCCGGUGCAUUCCAAAUGACACCCUAUUCCCGACAGGGCUCUGGACAAAAGUACUGCACUAUAAAGGGAUUAGAAUGACAUUUUGGACACAUCCUCAAUGAUGCUUACCGUAUAUCAUCUGGUCCCUGUGCCUGCUGGAUUUGCUCAUACCGAUGACAUAAAGAACAGGUCAUCUACAAGUCCAAGGUGAAUUUUACACCCCUCAUGUGUAGUUUCUGGUAAACCAUGGCUAUAUGUAACGUCAUGACAAUUCUCUUUUGUUCAAUUACUAUUUCUGUUUGAACCACAACAUGGAUAUCAGCUAGCCUUAAUGCACAUGAUUUAAAACACUGAUGAUACAUUAUGGAAUAAUCACCAAUACACAUUAUUAUAAUCUUUUUUUUUUUAGGUUUCACUGUUUGCCCAUUAGUGGAAUUAAUGUGGUAGAAUGAAAAAGAGUAGUAUAUCUACUGUAUCUAUGCUAAUUUGACUGCUUAGUUUUGAAUGGAAAAGGUAUUAUGUUUGUGUCUCUGGUGUUAUCAUGUGAGACUACAGCACAUGGGGGAUGUGGGUGAAAACAUGAUUUAAGGGAUGUUUACAACAUUUAAUCCAUAGAAUGGUCCUUUGGAGGAAGGAUUGGUGACAUAUAUUUAGCAUUUGUAUCUAAAAGCAUAAUUGAGAAAUGAUUCAUCAAAGUUGGCAUAUUUAUGAAAUGUUGAUCUUACACAGGUCUCUUUUUUAAGACUCCAUUAUGUUUAUCUGUAGGUGCUACAAAGCAAACAUUGGUGGCAUAUGAAGCUUUACCGCUUGCUCUGAAAUAUGAGUAGUAUUUUGUUUUCAAUUUUCAAAUUUUCUUGCAUUAAUUUAUGAAUACUGAAGAAUAAGUACAUUUUUUGAUUUAGCAAUUUUUUCUAUAUAUUGUUGAACGUAAUAUACUCUAUGGACAUAUCAAAGUUCUCUGUUACUUUUAGUUAUUAUCCAAUUUGUAAGCAUUAAGAACAGAGUGAAUGUGAAAAUGUAUUCAAAAUGGUUGCCCUCUGCUGGUGAUUUGCAGGAUGUACAAUAUGUUGAAAGAUUUGCCAAAUAUUUGUUUAUAUAUUCUAUAUUCUUGUUUAUAUUAUAUUCAUUAAUUCAUGUAAGAAAAUUGUUAUUGAAAUCAAAAUACCACUCAUGUUUCAAAGUAAGUGGAAAAGAUUUACAAGACACGGGUUUUUGUAGCACCUACAUAUGAAACUUGACGUCUUAAAGGAGGCCUGGGUAAGGCCAAAAUGUAAUAACUAUGACAACUUCAAUUAAUUAUUUCUCAAUUCUGCUUUUAAAUACAAAUGUAAAAUAUAUUUCAAUUAUCCUUCCUCCAAAUAAGCAUUCUAUGGAUUAAAUGUUGUGAAAUCUCCAAACUCAUGGUAUUUUGUCAUCCUGGUUUUGUGAGGAAUCACCGAUAUCCCAAAUAAGGGCACAAACGUUAUAAUGGCUCCAUGGGAUGCUGUAAUCUCAAUUUUAGGUGCUCUUUUUUGAUGAAAAAUAAUCUAAAUGAAGAAUAUCAGAUUGAUGGUAUAUCUGAUUUAUGCUCCCACGUGUGCAAUUUUAAUACUUGGUUUUAUUCUGUUUUCUAUUGUGGUCGAAGAAGCUGGCUUCAUGAGAGAAAAACAUCAAAUAAAUUAUUUGAAACGAAUUGAAGUAUCAUGAUGGGUUGUGUAGAUGUGACUAUAGAUACAUUUAUGUUUCAAGGAUAUUUAGAGAGUAUGUGAUAUUAUCAUGUCAUGGUGGGUCUUCUUGUGCACAAACGUGGCUGCAUUGAUGCAAUAAUUUACAAUUACAGCACAGAGGUUACAGUCUGGCUGUCCAAACCAAUGAUUGUAUUAUUUUCUUACCAUAAAAAACAACUAC